UAAAUUUUAACCAGUAAUGGUGAUUGUAAACAGAAAAACAACUUGAAGUUUUCCAAUUCAAUGUAAAGUUAAUCUCUAGAAAAAUAAAACAAACAAAAUAAAAUGAAUCUAUUACUAAAUAAUCUUACCAUAAGUAUAAAUAUAUUUGAUUUUAUAACCAAAAAAAUUCCCCUCCACAACUACUCACAAAAUAAAAACAAAAAAAGAACUCUAUAAAAUUGAAAAAUCUGUGGUGUCCGUUAAUCCGUCAGUACUUCUUCGUUCUAAAAGAAAAGGCCUUUCCAUCUCUAAUUCUCUGAGAGUUGAAGGAGAGCAACCAUGUCGCUCACUUCACUUUCAUAUAUUAACUCUACUACUAAUGUCUCUUCAGCUCCCUCUCUCUCUCCUCUUUCCACUUCCUCUUCUUUCUCUCUUUCUUUUCAACAAUCUUCUCAUCAUCAGCUUGGCACUCUGUUGUCCUUUGCUCCUAACACCAGCACCACUCAUUUCGUCAGGACAAAAUCAAGAACCAGGGGAUUGAGAGUCCAUUGUUCUGUAAGUGAGCCCUUGAAGGUUAUGAUAUCAGGGGCACCUGCAUCAGGAAAAGGUACUCAGUGUGAACUUAUUGUGAAAAAGUUUGGAUUGGUACACAUAUCAACUGGUGAUAUAUUAAGGGCUGAAGUAUCUGCUGAGACAGAUAUUGGAAAGAAAGCUAAGGAGUUCUUGAAUGCUGGCCAACUGGUUCCUGAUGAAAUUGUGACUGCUAUGGUGACUUCACGAUUAUCUCGCAAAGAUGUAAAGCAAAAAGGGUGGCUUCUAGAUGGGUAUCCACGAAGUCUUUCCCAAGCAGAAAGUCUGGAAGAAUUGAAGAUUAGACCAGAUAUUUAUAUUGUCUUAGAUGUUCCUGAUGAGAUUCUGGUUGAAAGAUGUGUUGGAAGAAGACUUGACCCACUGACAGGGAAGAUCUACCACAUAACAAAUUUCCCUCCAGAGACUGAAGAAAUCAAAGCAAGACUUAUAACCCGUCCAGAUGAUACUCAGGAAAAAGUAAAUUCACGACUUGACAUAUACAAAAAGAAUGCAGAAGCAAUUUUAUCCACUUACUUGAACAUCAUGAAGAAGAUUGAUGGAAGCCGCUCAAAAGGAGUAGUUUUUGAAGAGAUCUCUUCUUUGCUAUCUCAAGUCAGAAAGAUAAAGAGGAACCGGUCAAAUCCAGAUAAAUGGAGAGGAAUUCCUACUAGAUUAAACAACAUUCCUCAUUCGAGAGAAAUCCGGACUUAUUUCUAUGACGAUGUUCUACAAGCGACACAGAGAGCUGUAAAUGAUGGUAGAAUGCGGUUGAAGGUGGAGAUUGCUAUUCCAGAGCUGAACCCAGAAAUGGAUGUUUAUCGGAUAGGUACCUUGAUGGAACUUGUUCGAGUUCUUGCUCUUUCAUUUGCUGAUGAUGGAAAACGUGUCAAGGUUUGUGUUCAAGGGUCUAUGGGGCAAGGUGCACUUGCUGGAAUGCCAUUGCAACUUUCGGGUACUCGAAAGAUAUUGGAAUUUAUGGAUUGGGGUGAUUAUGGAGCUCUGGGGACUUUUAUAAGGAUUGGUUCCAUAGGUGCAAAAGAAGUUGAUGAAGAUGAUGACAUGUUCAUCUUAGUGGCUCCUCAAAAUGCUGUCGGGAAUUGCAUUAUAGAUGAUCUAAGGGCCAUGACAGAUGCUGCUGGGAGUAGACCAGUUAUUCUUGUUAAUCCAAGGCUCAAGGAUCUACCUGGUUCAAGUGGCAUAAUGCAAACAAUGGGCCGGGCUGAGAGACUGGAGUAUGCUGCUUCUUUUGAAAAUUGUUAUUCCUUCCGGCUUCUCUACUAUGGAGGAACUCAAUAUCCUAUUAUGGGAGCUCUCAGGAUGUCUUACCCAUACCAUUAUGAAUUGUACAAAAGGGUGGAUCUACCGGCUCGGGGCGAAAAGUACGAAAUUUUGUCAACUUUCAGUGAAAAGCCAACCGGUGAUGAUAUAAAUGAUGCUUUCUUGGGGAGAUCAAGAAAUCAAGAUAAGAAAGCUUCAGGGUUCUGGGGCUUCUUGAGUGGUGUACUUUGAGCGCAAAGGAAAAUG